GUCAAUUGUACAAAGGACCUUAAUCAAUUGUAAUUUAACUUGUAACUCCAUUGUUUUAAAUCGUCGGAAAAUCUGCAUAGUCCUUCACUUGUUCAAGUUCCAAUUCUUCCUCAUUUCUAAUCCCGAGUAUCAGAGCCUCUGCUGCUACAUCCUUGUGCGCCCCGCGUUGCCCAUAAUCGAUUUCAAGCUAAAUAGUUUGCGCCAACGCGAAUUCAUUGCUGGUUCAACCCGAAGAUUGGGCUUGUGGAGUAGGGAUUGUAGGCGAUUAAAAUGGUGGAUUUCGCGCUAGAUGACGACGAUCGAGGUACUCGCGACCCCUACUAUAUGUUAUUGAGUGCUGACUCGCGCCUUUGCCAGGGUCCAAUGCGAGCUCCGACAAUGAACAAGAUGAUAUGAUGGAAGAUGCAGAUGACCUAGACCCUGAAGUAGACGGAGACGGGGACGGCGAGGAUGGAGAUGGAGACGGGGAUGGGGACGGGGACGGGGAUGCUGAUGGAGAUGAAGAUGUGGAUGAUGAUGACAAUGACGACGAUAAUGGUGAGGAUGACCAAGAUGAUGGCGAUGGUGAAGACGAUUCUCCUGCGCAAAUCCAGCGAUCAAGCCUGCACACCUCAAACCAUAGCUCAAACUUGAACGACAAUACAAUGCUAGGGCAAAUGAAUGGUGGGGGUCCCACCUCACAUUCACAUCCGACUUUAAUAAGGACUUCCGCCUCGCCGCAGCAUAUUUCGGCUCCAUUAUUAUCCCCGAUAUUCAGAUAUGAAGUUAGGCCCGAAGCACUGACUGCUUCUACUUACGACAUUGUACCUACGAUAGCUGCCCCACAGAGUACAUCGAUCAAUGCGAUUACGGCGACACCUGAUAUGAGAUACUGGUUCAGUGGAGGCUCGGACUGUUUUAUAAGAAAGUACAAUGGUGUUGACACAGUGAAUGGCAAAACAUUACUGACUGUUGCUCAACGGCAUCCUUUCGUUGAUAGUGUGGUUAAGGCUGGCGUACUUAUGAGCUACUGGGACAACGAAGAAUCAAUUAGAGGCCCUGGAGGAGAGGAGCCUUCAUUGUCUCCGGUCUAUUCAUUGGCAGUACAAUCUGAGGCUCUUUGGAUGUUAUCUGGACUUGAAUCGGGAAGCAUAAAUUUACAGUCAGUACGACAUGAUGAAGGUAAGAGAAUUGCUGUUCUUUCAAAGCACACAUCCGCGGUCUCGGUACUGAACCUCGCUCGUGACGAGAGAUCAGUGUUAUCAGGAAGUUGGGAUAAAAAGGUUCUAGAUUGGGACUUGAAUACCGGGCUAGUCAAACGCGCUUUCGAUGGUAGUGGAGGACAAAUCUCCGCAAUUGAAGUAAGGCCGGCUUCUACAUUACCUGUUCCCGAAGAGUCUGGUGAACCUACGCCUCAAAACGGAACUUUCUCUAGCAAUGAUGGGGAAAAGGCAUUGUUGAAUGGAUCUUCCGGUGGUAUUAAUGGGACGAAUGGAUUUGGUGGUGACGCAGAAGGUAACGAGGAUGCUCCUGGGUCGCCUGCAGACUCUCUUUUUGGGGGUGGAGAUUCAUUAUUUGGAGACACAGAUGGGCUGGGAGCUCCCUCCGGAGGGAAUUUUGGUGACGAUGAGGACGAAUUCUCAAAAGCCCUAGAUAUAAACAUAGAUGCACGUCAAGAUUCUCAAGGUGAUGUGUCCAUGAUGGAUGCACCACCUCCACCAAUUGAGGAAGAACCUUCUACUUCCCUUCAAAUUCCAUCUGAACAACCACAUUCAGAUUUACCCAAUGGCUUACCUCACUCUGAUGAAAUAAUUGAAGCAAAAAUAGAGCCCGAAACCCAAGAUGCUGAUGCGACAUCUGAUUCGACGUUCCUUGCUGCCUCUAUCGACGGGACUAUUCGUGUCUGGGAUAGACGUCAGCCGAACCCAGUUGCUCGAAUCUUGACUAGGACAGGGGUUCCCCCAUGGUGUAUGGCUGCUUGCUGGUCACCUGACGGAAACUAUAUAUAUGCUGGUCGCAGGAACGGCACAGUGGAAGAGUUCAGUCUGCAUAAAGGUCUGAAACAACCCGAAAGAACAUUCAAAUUUCCAAACGGAAGUGGUGCAGUUAGUGCUAUGAGAGCCAUGCCUAAUGGCAGGCAUUUGGUUUGGUAUGUUAAGCAUUAUCCUCUGCUCCAUUCACGAUACUAAUUGACAACAGUGCAUCGCACGAUAUCUUACGUUUAUAUGAUCUUAAGCAACCACAGACCAAAUCACAUUCAUCCGUACCUUUCCUUAUCGUUCCUGGUCCCCCGCGAGCUGGUGUCAUAGCUGCGCUGCAUAUCGAUCCAACUUGCAAAUAUAUGAUAUCAGCUGCCGGGAAUCGAGGUUGGGAAGGUAGUACGACUGAAGUUAUGAUUGGAUACGAGAUCAACAUUCCCACUUGAAUAUCUCGACUCCAGACUCUCAGCUACUGCAAAGGACUUUCAUCAUUUCCGUACAUCAACUCGUUCGGAGGAAAGGGAGGUGCAUUAGCAUCUGAAUGAACCUUAUGAGCUCAACAUGUGAGAGGCUGCAAUUUUAUCUAGUUCUCAUCGUAUAUGUGCUACUCAGUGAAGCACAAAGUAAGGUUUCAAGUAGGUAUGAUUUUUACUAGGUACCAUAAUAGGAGCGGGAUUCGGUACAGUUAUCUAUGGCGUUAAGUGGAUUCGGGAAUACCACGGGUUGUGCAUAGUGGCGUUGUCAAGAUAUUAUAUGUUUAUAAAUCCAGCUUGAUAAGAAGAUUAUAAAUAUUGGUGGUUCGAUCU